AAGAAAUCCAAAUAGGAAACAUAUCAGGCAACCAAUACAAGGUUAAAGAAGCUCUACACCUCAAUAAACCUCAAAAAAAGACAAUUCGAAUGGUUAAACAUAAAAGAAAUAUAAUUGCAGAACAAAAUGAACCAAACACUAAUAUACCAAAUUCUAAUUAUCUAAAAGAAAAUGACUUGAUCAAAACUAUAAAUGAUCAGGGCUUCAUCUUUAAGGAAAACACAACUAGUAUCUCUAUUUUGAAACAUGGUUCACCUUUAAUAGAAGUUGCAAACUAUAACUAA